AUGGGGACACAAGCCAAACCAGCCGGGGGACGAGCCGACGCGUUCCUCAAAACUAUCGCCGAGCGUCGGACUGUAUACGCCUUGACGAAGAAGUCCUCAAUACCAGAUGAACGUGUUGUCGAGAUAGUUCAGCAUGCUGUCUUGCACUCUCCCACUGCUUUCAACUCCCAAUCAAACCGUGUCGUUGUUCUCUUUGGAGAGAACCACUCAAGACUUUGGGACAUCGUCGCCGAGUCCUUGAGGAAAAUCCUCCCUGCCGAGCAAUUCGAAGGGAUGGUGGGGAAAGUGCGCUCCUUCCAGGCCGGAUACCUCACAAUCCUGUAUUUCGUCGACACAAAAGUUGUCAAAGGACUCGAAGAACAGUUCCAAGCAUACGCAGCAAACUUCGCGCCGUGGGCCCAGCAAUCUAUUGGAAUGCUCCAAUCCAACGUUUGGGUUGCCCUGGAGAAGGAAGGACUUGGUGCUAGUUUACAACAUUACUCUAACCUGAUCGAGGCGGAAGUCAGGAAGGUAUACAACAUCCCUGAAGAGUGGAGCAUGGUCUCUCAGCAGCCGGUUGGUGUUCCUGCUGAGGGCUGGAAGGCGCCUGAAAAGGACUCUAAGCCUCUCGAGGAGACCGUUAAGGUCUUCCACUAAACUAUAUGGACUUUCAUAUUGCCAUUUACGCCUUGUCUGCGUAGACACAUACCUAGUUAUUCUUGCGAUUGGAUUAAUAAUCAUCGAGAGAGACGCACUACUGGAGACGCAUGGGGUUGUUCAUUUGUACAUAAGAUGCAAACCCAACAUCACAAGUGGCCUUCCACGUUGCCGGCGAACGAAGUGUUUGGAAGGAUCCGAUAGAUGGAAGAUCAUUACGGAAGUCGGAAUUGCCAUCAUGAUGCAUUGCUAAUUAUAGUUGUCUAUUUAUCCUUUGUUCCCACCUUUAAUAGAUCGUAGCGGUAAGGAUGUCAAUCUCAUC